GGCGGAUCCCUCUAUGCCCCUAGUGUCCUCAGCCUCAUCAGUGGCACCACUAGCGGUACCAACCACAGACAAGCCCAAACCCCCAAAACGCAAGCCCAAGCGCGCCAACCCAAAAGUAACAAUCGUCGGCGAAGGGAAUGACACCUUCCAAUUCCGCUGCGUAUGUUCUGUCGGGUACCAAGAAGGGGACGCCACGAUCGCGUGUGAUAGUUGCGAUGUCUGGCAACAUAUGCUAUGUAUGGGCAUCGAGCCUGAUCUGGCGGACGCAGUGCCGGAGACGUAUCAUUGUGAGCUCUGUGCGCCGAGGGAGGUGGACACGACCAGCGUGGCGUUCAAGCAGAGGCUGGCUAGGGUGCUCCUUGCUAGGGAUGCACUGAGGGGCCCGAGGGCCCAGCGCCCGCAGGGGAAAGAAGAAGAUGGCCCGCCUUCAGCAGGGGAAGGCACCCCAGGUCAAGAACCGCAAAAAGGCAAAGGGAAGAAAUUCACUUCUACCCGAACGCAGCGUCGUCCUCCUCUCUCUCUCACACAGCUACAGGUAUCCUACGCUCCAUCCCCUUCCCUUCAGCACCAGUUUCUCGCUGCGGAGGAAGAGGCUCUCCCGCCACCUGAAGCGUGGGCGGCGGAGUAUAUGACAUUGACUAGGGAUUGGUGGAGGGAUCUUGCAGAGUGGGAACGGGCGAACGCACUCGUCUGGCCUGACAUAGAACUCAUAGACCCUGGUCAAGAGGGUGUUCCUAGCACCACGACGACGACCACAACCACGACCACGGUGACAACCCCGGCAGACCCAUCCACCAGAAGUCAAU